CGCUGAAGCAAACAUGCAUUCACUGCUUUCGACCAGAGGAAUAAAUAUGGAGUCGUGAACAGUAUCUCGAAUGCAACAUUACCAAUUCGUUGUACCCAGUCCCAGUUCGCAACCAUGAGCGGACACAAUAGCCGAGACCGUCCACCAGGACGAACGACUCAACCUUGGUAUGAAUCACCGAAGUGCAUUUGCGAAUACAUCGCGGACCUCUUCUGCUGCUGCUGCAGCAGACGUCACCAGGACCUCCAUGGUCUAGACAGAGAGCAGCGCAACCCACCACCAACUCCUGCUUCAAGCCCGAUGACCACGCCAACACAUCGCAGACGGCCAGAAAUUUACGAACUCAGCCCAAUGGAGCGCAACAGUAUCAGGCCGAGAAACGACGAGAGAGUCCGCGUGGAAAGACUGCCUGGAUAUGAGCGAAGCAUCCCGCCAAAUCCUCGGUUUGCGAAUCAAGUCACUGAGCCGCCGGUGAUCUACAGUCCGACUGCGAGACUUGUGCCUAGCGAGACGGAGCAAGAUGCGCGGGAGGGUGGCAAGGGGAAGGGAAAGGAGAAAGAGCUGGAGAAGAGGUCCACGCUCUGGAACAGGGCGAGGGCAUUGGAGGAGAGAAAGGAACAGCUUGAGCGUGAGGAGGAAGAAAAGGAUCGCCAAUAUUCUGAACAGCUUGAGAGGCUUCGCGAAGCGCAACGCAAUGCUGAAGAGAACAGAAAGAUCGGGUUGAGAUCGGGGGUGCGUCAAGAGUCGCCUCCACGCGAAGAGCAGCCUUUGGCACGCGGACCAAGCGCUGCAAGUGAGGCUACGAGCUUCCGCUUCCAAGAACGCCAGCAACAACGCUUCGACGACACGUAUAGCGUGACAGACUCCGACACGCCUACACCGCCAGCUCGAACUCGUCCAGCUCGGAUUCCAAGUGGUGAUCUGGCCACACUUCCGUCUGUGAGACGUCUUUUGGAGGAAGCUGCGCAACAAGAGGCUGGAGCCAGUGGCGACUCGCGUUCUUUCAGUGCUGGAAAUCUCCAGCAAGUCGCGAAUGGGGCAGAACGUAACACUCGUUCUUCCAGUGCUGGAGAAGCUACAGGAGAUGAACUUCCAGAAACGCCAGCAGCUGGUAGACGUUCAGCCGAGCUGCCUUCGACACCGCAGACAUUGGGCCGACCAUUCUCGGAUUACGUCUCUCCGUCGCAGAUUCAGAUCUCGCCAGCACCAGAGCCAGCAGAUCUUGAAAGAGUGCGUGUCUUCGUUGAGCGGCUGGGCAGGGGCGAACACCCUGGCGAUCGCGAUUGUACUCGCUGA